UGUUUUACAUCAACAAAAAAAAAAAACCGAGAUCUAUACUACGCCAGAACCUGAGAAAUGGCGGACUGGUAUCUUUCUGGUUCCAUCACUCACUCUCUAUGCAUCCAUAAAUGCUAACGAUCUCAAACCCUAACCCUAAUCUCUUCAUUUCCAGAUCUCUAAAACCAAUACAUUAACUCUAAAACCAAAUUUAUUAUUUAAUUUCCGAAGAUGUAUAUGGCAUACGGAUGGCCGCAGGUGAUUCCCUUAGAACCAGGUCUCUGUGCUUCGUCUCAGCAAAUUAUAUAUCUCAGAGUCAAUAAUCAUCUCUUGCUCGUUGUUUCUCCUUCUCACUUCGAGCUCUGGAGCUGCUCUCAGCAUAAAGUGAGGUUAGGCAAGUAUAAGAGAGAUGCGGCGUCUGUUGAACGCGAAGGAGAGAAUUUGCAAGCUGUGUGGAGUCCUGAUGCUAAACUGAUUGCUAUUCUUACAUCAUCCUUCUUUCUUCACAUUUUCAAGGUCCAAUUCUCUGAAAAGAGAACACAAAUAGGAGGGAAGCAACCAUCCAGUUUAUUUUUUGCAAAUAUAUCUCUUCUUCUUAGUGAGCAGGUGCCUUUUGCAAAAAAAGGCUUGACAGUGAGCAAUAUUGUGAGUGAUAACAAAUAUAUGCUACUUGGUCUUUCCACUGGAUCCUUAUAUAGCAUCUCAUGGAAGGGGGAGUUUUGUGGAUCUUUUGAGCCUGAUCACUAUCCACAUGAGAGCAGUGAAAUGGGUGUGUUACCGCACUCUUUAGUUAACGGUCCAUCUUCUGGGCAGAGCGCAGGAGAUUUUGUAUCUAAUCAUAACAUAGGCAGGAGGUCUGCUAUUACACAAUUAGAGUAUUGUUUUUCCUUGAGGCUGCUAUUUGUUUUAUACUCUGAUGGACAGCUGGUAUCAUGCUCUGUAAGCAAGAAAGGGUUAAAGCAACCUGAAUCUAUCAAAGCCGAAAAGAAGUUGGGUUGUGGUGAUGCUGUAUGUACUUCAGUUGCAUCAGAUCAACAAAUCCUUGCUGUUGGUACUAAAGGAGGGGUUGUUGAGUUAUAUGACCUAGCAGAAUCUGCGUCACUCAUUCGUACAGUGUCAUUGAAAGACUGGGGGUAUUCAGUGGAUUCCACUGGCUCAGUUAGUUGUAUUGCAUGGGCACCUGAUAAUUCUGCUUUUGCUGUUGGGUGGAAGUUGAGAGGACUAACAGUUUGGUCCGUUUCUGGCUGUCGCUUGAUGUCAACAAUCCGGCAAAUUGGUCUGAGUUCAGUGUCUUCACCUGUAAUUAAGCCAAACCAAGAUUGUAAUUAUGAGCCAUUGGUGGGUGGAACCUCACUGAUGCAGUGGGAUGAAUAUGGAUAUAAGCUUUUUGCUAUUGAAGAAGGAUCUUUGGAGAGAAUUCUUGCAUUUUCAUUUGGGAAAUGUUGUCUUAGCAGAGGAGUGUCUGGAAUGACUUACGUGCGCCAGGUGAUUUACGGUGAAGAUCGAUUGCUUGUUGUACAGUCUGAAGACACUGAUGAACUCAAAAUUUUACAUCUGAAUCUUCCAGUUUCUUAUAUCUCUCAAAACUGGCCUGUUCAACAUGUGGCAGCUAGCAAGGAUGGAAUGUACUUAGCAGCUGCUGGUCUUCAUGGCUUAAUCCUAUAUGAUAUGCGGCUGAAAAAAUGGCGAGUGUUUGGAGAUAUUACCCAGGAACAAAAAAUUCAUUGCAAAGGUUUGUUAUGGUUGGGCAAGAUUGUCGUUGUCUGCAACUAUAUUGAUUCUUCAAACACGUAUGAAUUGCUCUUCUAUCCAAGAUAUCAUCUCGAUCAGAGUUCCUUGCUUUGCCGGAAGCCAUUACUUGCCAAGCCAAUGGUGAUGGAUGUCUAUGAAGAUCACAUACUUGUCACGUAUCGCCCAUUUGAUGUUCACAUAUUCCAUGUAAAAUUAAAUGGUGACUUGACACCUCACCAAACUCCAAAUCUGCAGCUUUCUACAGUACGAGAACUCUCAAUCAUGACUGCAAAGAGCCAUCCUGCUGCAAUGCGAUUUAUCCCUGAUCAGAUUCUAAGAGAGGAUGCCUUUAAGAAUCACAUUUCACCAUCUUUGGAUUUAUCAGUUAGAGAGCCUGCUAGAUGUUUGAUACUAAGAACCAAUGGGGAGCUUUCACUAUUGGAUUUGGACGAUGGACGUGAAAGAGAGCUCACUGACUCUGUUGAAUUAUUCUGGGUCACUUGCGGUCAAUCACAGGAGAAGACAAAUUUAAUUGAGGAUGUUUCUUGGUUGGAUUAUGGGCACCGAGGGAUGCAGGUUUGGUAUCCAUCUCCUGGUGUUGAUUCUUUUAAGCAGGAGGAUUUUUUGCAGCUGGACCCAGAGCUCGAGUUUGAUCGUGAAAUAUAUCCUCUUGGGCUUCUUCCAAAUGCUGGCGUUGUUGUUGGUGUAUCUCAGAGAAUGUCAUUUUCAGCGUGCACCGAGUUUCCAUGUUUUGAGCCAUCUCCUCAAGCUCAAACUAUAUUGCAUUGCCUACUUAGGCACCUUCUUCAGAGGGACAAAAGUGAGGAGGCUUUAAGGUUGGCACAAUUAUCGGCACAAAAGCCUCAUUUUUCUCAUUGUCUGGAGUGGCUUCUCUUCACUGUAUUUGAUGCAGAGAUUUCCAGGCAGAGUGCAAACAAGAACCAAAAUUCAGUUCUGAAACAUGUUGGAAAUUACUCUUUUUUGGAGAAGACCUGUGAUUUUAUUAGAAAUUUCCCAGAGUAUCUUGAUGUAGUUGUGAGUGUAGCAAGAAAAACUGAUGGACGGCACUGGGCAGAUUUAUUUACUGCUGCUGGAAGAUCAACAGAGUUGUUUGAGGAAUGUUUUCAGCGGAGAUGGUAUCGCACUGCGGCUUGCUAUAUACUUGUCAUUGCUAAACUUGAAGGACCUGCUGUCAGUCAAUACUGUGCUUUACGUUUACUACAGGCAACACUUGACGAGUCCUUGUACGAACUUGCUGGAGAACUGGUGCGAUUCUUGUUGAGAUCUGGUAAAGAAUAUGAGCAAACAUCCACUGAUUCUGAUAUAUUGUCUCCAAGAUUCUUGGGUUACUUUCUUUUCCGUUCUAGUUCUAGGAAGACAUCAUUGGAUAAGAGCACCUCAUUCAAAGAGCAAAACGCCCAUGUUGCUUCUGUGAAAAACAUUCUAGAAAGCCAUGCUAGCUAUCUGAUGUCAGGGAAAGAACUCUCCAAGCUUGUUGCAUUUGUAAAAGGCACUCAGUUUGAUUUGGUGGAAUAUCUUCAACGAGAGAGAUACGCUUCAGCUCGCUUAGAAAACUUUGCAUCAGGGCUGGAACUGAUUGGGCAAAAGCUUCAAAUGGGUACAUUGCAGAGCCGUUUGGAUGCAGAGUUUCUGCUGGCCCAUAUGUGUUCUGUAAAGUUCAAGGAGUGGAUAGUUGUGCUAGCCACUCUUUUAAGACGAUCUGAGGUUCUGUUUGAUCUUUUUCGGCAUGACACGCGGCUAUGGAAGGCAUAUAGCAUCACCCUUCAGUCACACCCUGUGUUUGUUGAAUAUCAAGAUCUAGUUGAAUCGUUGGAAGAUAGGCUAGCAUCUGUCUCUGAGUUAGAGGAAAAAUGAGGGCAUUACGGCAAGUUUUGCAAUCUCCGAACAAUUUUGCAACAGAAUGAGACCAAUCGACGUAAUUUUCUCUGAGAGAGAGAUCUAAUUUGCAGGCAGCAUGUUCAAGCAAGUUUUUGUUCCUGAAGGUGAGUGUGCUGCUUAAUUGUGUAAAAUGAACAGCCCAUAAAACUGUAGGGGUGUUAUAUAGAAAAAUCAUUCUUGUAGAUAGAGCACUAUUUUUCACCUUUGAUUUUUUUCUUUAUAUUGUUGCUAUUCUCAUUUCUAUAGUUUUCACCUGUGUAUAUCAUUUUUCUUUGUUGUAUGAUCAUAAAUAAAAGCCUUUUUGUCUUAAA